AUGGGAGACUGUCAGAAUUUUAAUUACGAGUCGUUGAAACUGCAGACGGCAUCUACCGAGAUCCGUUUGCUGGACCUUUAUCCCUCAGAAGGCCUAGCGGAUAGUCGUCUUGUCGGCCGUCUUUACACGACAACAGUCAAUAACCCUUCGCCUUAUACAGCUCUAUCAUACGUUUGGGGAAAUGGCAAUAAAGUCGAAUCCAUCUGGGUACCCAAUAGCCGUGGCGGAGAAGCCGAUAUUUCCAUCACAGAGUCACUUCAUACGGCACUACAACAAUUACGCAAGCCAGACAAAAUCAUUACCCUAUGGAUUGAUCAGAUUUGUAUUAACCAAGCAGACAAGACAGAAAAAGACCAGCAGGUGGGCUUGAUGGGGAGCAUCUACUCAGCAGCAAAGCAAGUGUUAGUAUGGCUGGGCCCAUCAGAAAAUAACUCAGACGAAGUCAUGGACGCAUGGAAUGAUAUCGGCCAGAAGGCCCUGGACUACGGACUAGAAGGUUACAUGGACCCGGACAAAUACCACUUGAUAUGGCCUAUUAUGAAGAAUGAAAACCCGGCUGAUGAAGCGACCAUAAACUUUCAACAGCUGCUUGUUUACACCGUCGACAUCUUUACUCCUUUAUUACAGAAAGCAGCGGUGAAGGAGUGGUUCGAGAGACCAUACUUCUCACGAGUCUGGAUCGUACAGGAAUUCUGUUUAUGCACCGACACCGUCUUCAUAUGUGGCUCCAAAUCAGUUGCUGUCAAUCUCGUCAAGCUAUCUGUUAUAAUGCUCCAGACAGCUAUCGGGAACAUGCCCCAGGGAAACUAUGAGUCGCUCCAGCCCCCUGAAAUGCCUGUGGAGCGACUGGUAGAGAUCUCCGAUGAGCCAACAGCACGCUUGUUCGCAUGUCGCUCACGCCAUCAGAAACAUGCCGAUGACGAGCUAUACAUGUUACUGCGCAGACUGUUUGUGGACCAUGCUACGAAUGCCACUGAGCAUCGUGACCGGAUCUUUGCCCUUCUCGCUCUUGCGAAGGACUCUGAGGAACUUGGGAUUGAACCUGAUUAUGAAUCAUCUGAGGGUAGUACUGAGCGUAUUUUGACGCAGACAGCGCGUGCGUUGAUUGAGAAAGGUGGCAGGAUUGAUAUUCUCUGCUAUUCUCAAUUUCCGAAAACCCACGAGCUCGCACAUCUGCCGUCAUGGGUUCCUGACUGGCGAUCUAGCCUGCGUCCUUCGUUCUAUACUAUCAAUGAGCGGACGGAUCAGCAUAUCUUUGCCGCAUCAGGAAAGGAUAGCGUUGUCGAGAUUGUCGAAGACUCGAAACACGAUUCAAGUAGUAUUGGGCUUCGGGGUUACACAGUUGACGUGAUAGAGAAAGUUUCUCCAGGCGAUGGAUGGCUUGAUCUAAGCUGGGAUUACGAAAGGUACCGGGGCUUCUUUACCGAGGUGGAUAAGCUAUGGCAAGAUUCUAGAAAGAAAAUAGACCUCAUCCACGGCAAAGAGACCCAGAAACGAAAAGAAGAAGCACGAUGGCGCGUACCUAUCGGAGAUAUUUACUGGACAUGGGAAGGGGACCAACACAGGGCUCCAUCAAAAGUCGCCACAUUUCAUAAAAGCUUUCUACAAGAACUGAAACUUUUCGACGAUAUGACUCGGAUGGCCUCUAUAGGCGAUGAUGUAUUGCCAAACCAACAAGAAUGGGAGGAAACUACAAAUGCCAAGCAUAACUACCGUGAAAGUAUGAGAAAGAUGCAAGGCAAGAGGCCGUUUCUUACGCAGACAGGAUAUCUGGGGAUGGGUCCUGUAGAGGCACAACCAGGCGAUAGUUUAGUAGUCUUCUGCGGUGGACGCAUCCCUUUUGUUUUACGUCCCUUGGACCAGACAGUGCCUGAUGCGUUGUCUUGUGUCGGCGAAGCAUACUGCCAUGGCGUUAUGGAUGGUGAAGUAACCACAAAGGAGAAAAACACGUUUUGGCUUGUUUGA